AUGGAGCGCUUACGCCAGAUGUUUGGGCGCGAAGAACCGGAGGCGUCGUAUGAACCGCUACAAGGUGGCUCUGAGCGGCCUGAUGGCGAGCAUAUCGAUGCUGAGGAGCAGGCCUUCUCAUGGACCGAUUAUGCCGUCUUCACCCUGCUGGGAGUCGCCAUGCUCUGGGCCUGGAACAUGUUUCUAGCAGCAGCACCCUACUUCCAGCGUCGCUUCGAGUCCAACGACAACCUCCUCCGCAACUUCCAGUCCGGCAUCCUCUCCGUCUCCACCGUAGGCAACCUAGGCUCCAUGAUUGUCCUGACCAAGCUACAAGCCCGUGCCAACUACCCUCGUCGUAUCAUCGCCUCGCUUGCUCUCAAUGCCAUCGUCUUCACACUGCUUGCCAUAUCUACAAAACUGUUCCUCAACGUAUCCGUCGGCGUCUACUUUGCCUUCCUAAUGGUCAUGGUCAUGAUCGCCAGCCUGGCCACAGGUCUGUGCCAAAACGGUGUCUUCGCCUACGUAUCUGGAUUCGGGCGGGAAGAAUACACCCAAGGCAUAAUGUCCGGCCAAGGUGUCGCCGGUGUCCUCCCAGCCAUCACCCAGAUCAUCUCCGUGCUCUCCGUCCCAAAGAAGCACCAUGUUGACGGUGCGCCGCAAGAGUCCAGCACCUCUGCUUUUGUCUACUUCCUAACUGCCACCGCCGUCUCCCUCGCAACCCUCUUUGCCUUCUUCUACCUGCUCUCCAGAGACAGCUCCAAGCAGCGCCUGCUGCGCACAUCCUACAACGAAAGCCCCGAAUACGACGACACGGAUCGUUCCGAGCGCAAGAGCGUGCCCUUGACAAGGCUCCUCAGAAAGCUCUUCUGGCUUGCCGGCGCGAUCUUCACUACCUUUGCAGUAACAAUGUUCUUCCCCGUCUUCACACCCCAGGUCCUCAGUGUACGCGAUCCAGCUACCGCACCUCGCCUCUUCCAACCCGCAGCUUUUAUCCCCCUAGGCUUCUUCUUCUGGAACAUUGGUGAUCUCAUCGGUCGUGUCGGACCGGCCUUACCCGCCUUGCGUCUUACACAUCGCCCACAGUUACUAUUCUUCCUGUCCAUUGCAAGAAUCCUCUUCAUUCCCUUGUAUCUCCUCUGCAAUAUUGGCGGUAAAGGCGCGGCUAUCCCCUCUGAUUUCUUCUAUCUGUUCAUUGUGCAGCUGUUGUUUGGCAUGACAAACGGUUUUCUGGGAAGUAACUGCAUGAUGGGCUUUGCCGAGUGGGUUGAGCCCGAUGAGCUAGAGGCUGCGGGAGGUUUCAUGUCGCUAAGUCUUGUGAGCGGAUUGACGACAGGAAGUUUUCUUAGUUUUUUUGCUGCGCAAUCUUCGUGA